AUGGACGGUGGACACGGCCUCAGGAUGGACGUUGCUGUCCGUGAGCUCAUGGAGCUCUUUCUGCAGAGCCCACUGGUGGCGGGGGUGACCCGCCACCAGGAGAGCCUGUUUGACCUGCAGAGGUUGGAGGCCCCAGGCAUGGCCCUGGAGGAGCUGGAGUUUCUCUCCAGCAACAUGACCUGUCGCCUCAGGAGGCUCUUAAUUGAGCAAGACAGUUGCAGGGAGCUGGUCGUGACCCUGACCCAGGAGUGGAACACCAGCAGCCGCCCCAGCGAGGACACGCAGCACCUGGCCGUGGAGCUGGCGGACACCAAGGCCACGCUGCGCGGCGUCAGGCAGGAUCUGGAGGAGAAGACGAAGCAACUGGUGGACGCCAGGCAUCAGUUGUACCAGCUGGGGCUGGAGCUGCAGGAGGCCCGGCGCAAUAACAUGGAGUUGGCAGCCAGCACCCAGGCUGCUCCUGCCCUCCCUGAGCUGGACUCCCUGAGGGAGAAGGCGAGGCGCGUGGAGAGGCUGGAGAUGGAGGCGAUGGGCCUCAGGCAGAAGGAGAAAGACAUAGACUUCUAUGCAGCCGCAUGGAAGGGCCUUAACCUGAUGGCUCUCAUGUGUGUUCCUGAUGAGCACAUGCUGACUGGAGAUGAUUAUUUUUCCAUGGACACCAAGGGCCAUCUCCAGGAGCAUUGGAUUUGGUAUUGGAUUGAUAAGCUAUUCGAGCGGGAGAAGGAGAAUGUGCAGCUGAAAUCGAGGCUGCACCACCUACAAUUGGCCCGGGACACAGACCAGAAAUGCCUUGAGGAGCUGCGGGAAGAGAACAUGGCCCUCAAGACUGCACAGGGGCAGAGUGUGGAGGAGUCCGCCCACCUGCACUGGGAGCUGGAGCAGCUGUCAGAGGCAGAAGAUGAGGCCUCUGGAAUAUGGGCUCUCACUCCACUUUGCUUUUCAGCCUCCAGCUGCUUCCUGAAGCUGGACAAGGAGAAGCAGAGCCCCCAGGGCACCAUCCAGGGGCUGCGGGGCACCUCCCUGGCCCUGCAGGAGAGCAGCCUCCAACGCCAGGAGCUGGAGAAGGAGAACCAGCAGCUCAGAAAGCAGAUUGAAGACUGGCAAGUCCAGAUGGAAAGAGAAGAGCAGGCCAGCCGGGAUCUGGCGACUCUCUGUGAGGAGCUGGUGGAGGAGAGAGAACAGCUGCUCCGUGACAUCGAGACCCUGAAGGCUGAGGAAGCCCAGGAGUUCAAAGAUCUUAAACAACUGGUGCGUUCGCUGCGGGAGAGUUCACAGACCAGCAGCAAGGCCCGCAUGAAGGGCCAGAAGACUGAGAAAAAAGUGCUUCUCCAGACAGUGACGGACACCAAAAGGAAAGUGACCAUGAUGGAGUGGGAGCGGCGGCAGCUGUGCCGGGACCUGGAGCAGGUGAAGGAGCACGUGGUGCGGGCACAGAAGCUGGAGCAGGAGCUGCAUCGGCUGCAGGAGGAGAUCGAGAAGCUGGCCGUGGGGGUCAGCGCCCUGACGACGGCCCCUGAGAGGGUCCACGCCCUCGAGCCGGAGAGCCCGGACCUGUUGCUGGAGAACCAGAGGCUGCAGACGUCUCUGGUGGAAAAUUCCACUCUGAGCUCCCAGAGCGCCUCACUCACUGCACUCACAGAGCAGAACACGCAGCUCCAGCACCAGCAGCUGGCGGCAGCCCACAAGGCCCUGCAGCAGGAACACGCGUGCCUGGGCGCGCUCCACGAGCACCUGACUAGGGAGCACGAGGCCCUUCUGGACAAGUACCGCCGCCAGAAGACACUGCUGCGUCGGACCCUGAAGCUUGAGAGCAAGGCUCUCAGUGACAGAUACAAGGACCAGCUCCAACAUAAGGCGGCACUGGAGCAGCUGGGGACGCUCUUGACCACCGAGCGGGAGGUUCUGCAGCAGGAGCAGAGGACGAGCGCCAUGGCCGCCGAGGAAAACCAGAGGCUGCAGUGAGAGCUGGACAGGGCCAAUUCCCUGCACCAGCAGCUGAAGGGGGAGCAGGAGGAGCUGCAGACCCACACUAAGAAGCUGCAGACCUCCCUGAACGACACCCAGCUGCAGGUGAACUGCUGGCAGAACCAGUGCAACUGGCUGAGGGAGGAGCUCCAGAGCACGGACAUCUCGCUGACCGAGCUGGACAACUGCGGCCAGCUGCUCUCCCGCCUCAAGGGCAACUUGGAGGGAGAAAACCGUCCCCUGCAGAGCCAAAUCCAAAGGCUGAAAGAGCAGAACCAGAGGCUUCUCCAGGAGGACGUGGAGGACAAGGACCAGCACCAGGAGGAGCAGCAGCUGUACGUAGACAAAUUAAAUGCCUUACAGAGACAAAAUGAAAAACUGGAAGAAAAAAGCAUGGCUCAGCACAACUUCCAUGAUCCAGCACCAAAGAAGAAAAAGCACUGGAUUGGAGCCAAAGUCUUAGUCAAACUCAUCAAACUAAAGAAAGGAGGAUCCAGAGAACGACCAAAGUCAACCCCACAGAGGCCUCCCUGGCCGCUGGGGUCCUCAGACCAGGCCUCGCCCAGUACUUCUCAGCCUCUUCAAUCACAGCUGGAACCCCUCGAGGCCACCCCAUGCUGCUCAAAGGUGACAGAAGAGCAAGCAGGGGGCCCAGGGGAAAAGACUCUACUGCAGCUGAAAUCUCUUCUGGUAGUGGCCGGCUCUGCCGCAGAGGCCAUGCCAUCUUGA